CUUCAACGCGUUAAAAACAAUUAUAUCAAACCCAACAACCGAUUAAUUAAUCAUCAAUCAUUGAUAAUAAGCCCACACGACCAAAGAUGCCGACUUCCCACAUCUCCACUCCUAUCGGCGCAGUCGACGCCGCCGUCGUCAUUACUGCCCUACACAACCACGACCUGAUGAUCAGAACCCUAUGUCCAGCACUAGUCAGUUACACCUUCGAAGCCGGCUACAGAAACACCCAAGCGACAUAUUGCAUCACUGACAGGACGCCCGGUGGCCAGACAGCAUACAACCUCACACUUACCAACGUCCCCUCGGGCGUCAACUCUCUCGUCAACGCCAAACCGCCCGUGGGCGUGCUUACUAUCAGCGGCAAGUGGCGCGUUGCUGGCGGGGAAUUGGUUGAGGAAGUAGAAAUCGAUGCGAAUUUCAUGAUGAAGAAGGUGGCAAAGAGUAACGUGGAGAAAACGCAUCCAGAGCAGCAUAUGAAGCUACUGCACGCGGCGCUGGCCUGAGAUGGUAGCGAGGCUGAGAGAAAGGGAAGAGGUGGCGUUUGAAAGAUAAGGAAUGCAUAGCCUUGGCUACUUGGAUUUAGGGUUGACUUUGAGCGAUCAGAUUAGCGUGUUUGCAUUUUAAGCGUGGAGUUUCGGCGUUGGAUCAACUUGUUUAAGCUGUCAUAUGUAAAAUUCAAAAAG